ACGGCGCUCCGGUCCGCGUGGAGCGGCUGUUAGCUCAGAGUGAAGGACUCGGGAGCCUGCGGCCUUCGGCGGCGCCUCGGCACUGGGUCUGGCGGGGCCGGCGGCGAGCUGUCGGUGCGAGAGCGUCGCGGGGUCCCGACUGUCAGAGGCUGGAAGCCAGAAGGUUCUGGAAGCAGCCGUGGAGCGGGCUGUCCAGGCCCUGAGGCAGUAAAUCAGCCCCUGGGGGCCGUAGACUCCAAUGUUGAUGACAUGGAUGUGGACCUGGAUAGGGAAUUCCUGAAGGACCUCAAGGAUCUGAAAGUGCUCAUCACUGACAAGGACCUGUUAGACCAACACAAAAGCCUUCUAGUUUUACAUCCAUUUUCACCUGAUUGAAUUUGAAGUCUGCAUUAUGACUGCUGAGGUCAUUGGCGAUGAGGACAGAUUCUACUCCAGAGCUGAGAAAUACUGGAAGAAUAUACCUCCAACAGUGGAUGGUAUGUUGGGAGGUUAUGGACACAUCUCUAGCAUUGACAUCAAUUCCUCCAAGAAAUUUCUGCAGCGGUUCAUUGGGGAAGGAACUGGAAAGGCAGGGUCAAACUGUGCGCUGGACUGCGGUGCUGGAAUUGGCAGAAUUACAAAGCGAUUGCUGCUACCCUUGUUUAAAGUUGUUGACAUGGUGGAUGUAACAGAGGGUUUCCUGGCCAAGGCCAAGACCCACCUGGGGGAAGAGGGCAGCCGCGUGGGCAACUACUUCUGCUGUGGCCUGCAAGACUUCAUCCCCCAACCCCAGCGAUACGAUGUCAUCUGGAUCCAGUGGGUGAUUGGGCACCUGACUGAUGACCACCUCAUCCAGUUCCUGAAAAGGUGUCAGAAAGGUCUUCGGCCAAAUGGAAUCAUCUGUGUGAAGGAUAACGUGAGCCAGGAGGGUGUGAUUGAGGACGAAGUGGACAGUAGUGUCUGCCGAGACUUGGACUCCCUGCACACCAUUGUGCAACUGGCAGGACUCCAGGUGUUGGCAGAGGAGAAGCAGGAUAACUUCCCUGAUGAAAUUUAUCAGGUGUACAGUCUGGCUUUGAGGUGAAGUGACCCUAUCCACGGGCGCAGGGAUGGGUUGGUGAAGGGGUACCGUAUCUCAGAGGAGGGAACUGAAAAAAAAAAUCAAGGUGGUACAGCUCUGGGGUUUUGGGUUUAAUUGAAAUAAAGCACAGUGAGGAUACAGCAAACUGAAUUUGACUUUAUUCCUGAAAGGCAGCCUCCACCAUCAUCCAAGUGAAUGAAUCUGAUGAUCAAUAAACUUGGAGCAAGUACUUAACUGCAGGAUGCUGAGUCGCAGCUUUGGAAGAUUAAUUACCUUAGCUAGAAUCUGAUUAGCUGCAGCUAAUGAAAGAUGAUGUUUUUUCAGAAUAGUUUCCAGAACUGAAAGAAUGAGUAUGUUUUAAAUAUUUGAAUUCAGUUUGGCACCUAGUAAGAGUGGGAAUCAGCAGGAAAACCUUGUCUGCUUUUUCUGAGGUUAGAACAGUCUACUCCAGGUCUAGAGCCUAUAAUUGGGCUUCUGCAUUUGCCCAUAUAACUGAGGCUAACCCUCAAAGUAAUUAAUUCUUUCUCACCUGCUCUCACUUACUCCUUUCAUUGCCCCUAACUGGCCCUUUUUUUUUGCCUUUUUCUGCCCUCUGCAUUUGACUGUGGUAUUUCAUGUUAGGAAAGGCAUACUAACCUCAUUCUGAGAUGCAAGAAACCACCUUUCAUUUUCAUAAAUGCAAUUCAUCAGAUCUCAUAAUUUAUGAAAUAAAUUAUUUUUGUGUGAACUGUGUGUAUUUUGUCAUUCAGAAGAGCUGUUUCUUUGAUACAGGGCUGUUAGUGACAGUAUUACAGGAAUCCUCCUUCAGUCACAUGUUUCAUUUUCUCCAAUACACAUCUUGUUUGUUU